CGUUUGGAACGAAUUACCACCGUAUGUUGAGGGACCGCUGUACUAGUAUACACUAUGCCUUUUUUAUGUGUGGUAUUUGUAGUACCUUUUCCCAGUUCCCGACCUUCUUUCUUGUGGAUCCAUUUUUAUACUUUUCGAUCUGUUUUUAUCAGUAUGUGACCAUCUGAUCAUCGGACCCUUAGACCAUUAUGAUGCAAUGUCUCAGCGGCUCCCUGCGCAGGUCACAUGAAGGAGCGUCAGGAAAAUUCAUUGUGUAACAAACAAAGUACAAAUUAUAUGAUGUUCACAGACAAAAGUAACUCCUCACUGGGGCAGAAACCUGCGCCGAAGAAGACGCGUCCCCACGGGCUGCCCUCCCCCGCCCUGUGCUGCGCCUGCGGCCUCUGCAUCAUGUUGGCUGGAAUCAACAUCACUUUGGUUGGUGCUUUUGCCUUUGGGACUUUUCUUCCAGUGCACAACCCCCCAAUAAUCAUUGGACCCAUCUUAUUAGUAGUUGCGUUUGCAUUUUUUGGGGCUUGUUGUAUCUGCAGCCGCAGACCCCCCGCCCAUGGCAGCAGGAAAUGUAAGCCUGGGUCUAAUAUUGGUUUUAUUAAACCAGGCAAUGCAGCCUUUGAGAUUGAGACGAGUGAGCACACGGUGCAGGACACCACAGCCGUGCAGCUCAGCCCCACCAACUCCCCCGUGUCUUCUCGCAAAUCUUCUCCUGUGCACGAAAAUGCCAAAAUGUGCAAACUCUUCACUAUGGACGGCAAUGGGGCGGCUGCUAAAUUCAAUGCAGGUGGAGAAUCUAUACAGCUGAAUUUACCCAGAGACCCCGUCACCUAGGAUGACCUGAUACUUUACCUUCUUUAUGGCUGCUCAUGUGGCAGCUAAUGGCUUCCAGAGUCUGCCUGAAGGCAAAGAGGAAGAGUCUUAAGUCCUCCUUCAGGAGCCGCGGAAGGUGUCAGCGGAGGGAUUCACCUCGCCUGGGGCUGUGACCUUUGUUUCAUGCUGGUGUUCAGUGUGUAGAUUCGUUCUUUGUUGUCUGAGACAAUCCAGGUGAAGGGGCAGAGUAAGGUGUCUGGUGUCAGCAGAUACCCCUGCAGCCUGCCCCAAAUAUUACUCUGUCCUGAGAAUACGGCAAAGCUUGACACUACAGAGACCAACCACAAAUGGUAUCAGGAGGAGAUCACAUCACAUCAGGAGGGGG